AUGGCCGGACGUCGACCCUCUGAGACCAGUGCUCUUCUCAAUGAGCAUGGAAUUGAUGACUUCCGGAAAUCUAUCGAGCAAAUCGAUCAGAGAAUAUACGGUACCACCGACGAGGAGGAAUCUUCGCUGUUAAAGGGCCCCGAACUCGAGACGACAUGGAAGACAGAAACUGCUCUGGUGGCUCGAUAUUCGGGUCCCCUGAUAUUGACCUAUAUUUUACAAUACUCGUUCUCCCUGGUCACGGUCUACGUUGCUGGGCGCUUGGGGACGAAGGAAUUGGGAGCGGCCUCCCUUGCCACCAUGACAGCCAAUAUUACGGGGCUGUGCGUCUAUGAAGGACUGGCCACCAGUCUCGACACUCUCACCUCGCAGGCAUUUGGCAACGAUAAGAAACACCUAGUGGGUCUCCAUGUCCAACGCAUGAGUCUCCUGGUUUGUGUGGUCACCAUUCCAAUCGGCGCCAUCUGGAUCUGCUCUCCUUGGAUAUUAUCGGCCAUUGUGCCCGAGAAAGACGAGGCUCUCCUGGCAGGCACUUUCAUGCGCAUCUACUUGGUGGGUGGUCCUGCCUGGGCCAUCUUUGAAGCUGGAAAGCGUCUUUGCCAGGCCCAAGGCGACUUUACCGCCUCCCUCGUUGUCGUCCUGGUCUGCGCUCCUCUGAACAUUCUCUGGAACUGGCUCUUGGUUUUCCACUUCAACCUGGGCUUUGCGGGUGCCGCUUGGGCCGUGGUCAUUUCCAACAACCUCCAGCCGAUCGUCCUGGCGUUGUACGUCGCCUACAUCGCUCCCUCGAACUUGCAAUGUUGGCCGGGCCUCGAUCUGCGGCGAGCAUGUCAGAACUGGGGUCCCAUGAUCAAAUUGGCGAUCCCUGGGGUCCUCAUGACCUUUUCUGAAUGGUUUGCCUUCGACAUCCUCACAAUUGCAGCCGGGUAUCUGAGUGAACCAGACCUCGCAGCUCAGUCCGUCUUGGUGACUGUGGUUGUUACCAUGUAUCAUAUUCCCUUUCCCAUAUCCAUUGCAGCCUCGACCAGAUUCGGCAAUCUGAUUGGAUAUGGUGCGUUGAAAGCUGCUCGGACGGCAUGGAAGACACACUAUCUCAUCUUCGUGUGCAUUGGCACGUUUGAUGUCAUCUUGCUGACAUCUUGCCGACACGUUAUUGCAGCCAUUUUCACCACGGACGAUGCGGUAAGAGCAAUCAUCGCGACCGUCAUGCCUAUAACCGCGGCAGCCCAACUCUUCGACGCCCUUCUGGCAAUCUCAAACGGUCUUUUGCGUGGCCUCGGCAGACAAAAAAUCGGCGGCUGGGUUAAUUUGGGGGUGUACUACCUCUUCGCUCUUCCAUUAUCGUUCUUCUUGUGUUUCGGUCCGCCUCAAAUGGGACUAAGCGGCAUGUGGAUCGGUCCAUGCACAGGACUCGGCUGCGCAACAAUCAUCAUGGCCACGUACAUGCGGUUGACCGACUGGCAAAAAGCUGUCGAAGAUGCACGAGCACGGGAGGAGUAG